AUGGAAGAAAAGAAUCAGACUGCAGUGACAGAGUUUCUCUUCCUUGGCAUCACAGAUAACCUCCAUCAGAAGAUUGUUCUCUUCAUCAUCUUUUUCCUUGUUUAUCUUGUCACUCUUGGGGGUAACCUGGGCAUGAUCACUCUCAUAUGGGUGGACCCUAGGCUGCACACACCUAUGUACUUUUUUCUCAGCCAUCUGUCCUUUGUAGAUGUGUGCUCCUCUUCUUCCAUAGCUCCCAGGAUGCUGUGUGACAUGUUUGCAGAGAACAAAGGCAUCUCUUUUGUGGGCUGUGCCGCACAGAUGUGGUUCUUUGGUCUCUUUGUGACAACUGAUUGUUUCCUCCUGGCUGUCAUGGCAUAUGAUCGAUAUACAGCCAUCUGUAAGCCCUUGCUGUAUACACUCAUUAUGUCCCAGAGGGUCUGUGUGUGGUUUGUCAUAGGACCGUACGUCCUAGCUGCUUUAAAUAUCACAACUCAUACAACCUUGACUUUUUGCUUACCAUUCUGUGGUCCAAACACUAUCAACCAUUUCUUCUGCGAUGUUUCCCCACUGCUCUCAUUAGCAUGUGCUGACACAUGGAUUAACAAGGUAGUGCUUUUUGUCCUGGCUGGAAUGAUAGGAGUUCCUAGUGGUCUGAUCAUCCUGGUCUCCUACAUCUGCAUUCUGGUGGCCAUCUUGAAGAUCAAGACUGCUGAUGGGAGACAGAAAGCCUUCUCCACAUGUUCUUCUCACCUAGCAGCUGUUUCUAUUCUUUAUGGGACUCUUUUCUUCAUAUAUAUCCGACCCAAUGCAAGUUCUUCCCUGGAUAUCAAUAAAGUGAUAUCCCUAUUUUAUACUGUGGUGAUCCCCAUGUUGAAUCCCCUCAUCUACAGCUUGAGGAACAAAGAGGUGAAAGAUGCCUUAAGUAGAACAUUGGAGAGGAAGAACUUCCUAAUAGGUGCUUAA